AUUCCAAGCCAGGCAGGAAAUGUGUCGAGCCCUGCUGAUCUAAGAUAUCGAGAAGACUUGCUCCUUCCUGGGCGACUCAUUGAAGAUGCCGGAAAUGUAAGAGUUGGUAGGGCUUUGCAAAAGGUGAUUAAGCCUUCAAGACUCCUUGAGUUAAGGCAACUAUUCCCUGGGGAGAAGUUUCUGUUAAAUCACGGAGACAAAUGCACCGACAUGGUACUGGAACAAGAUGCAAGUGGUGAAGAUGCAUUGAGAGGUUGGCUAGUCGCUGCCUAUGCGGCGCAAAACAUGAAUGCCUCUGAUGAGCUUCGUGUCGGUACCCUGCAAGAAGCCUAUGAGAAAAUGAAUGGUGUGUUCCCGGUGUUCUUACAAGAACUGCAGAACAAAGGGUGGCACACGGAUCGUUUUCUGGAUGGAAACGGGAGCCGCUUCGCAUUUUAGCGUUCCUAUAAAUCCGAGACUACGUAGGUAUUUUCAUCUAUUCUGUGACACUAGAUGCAUACAAAAAAUGGUUUUGAUUAGUUCUUUGAUGUUAGUCAUUUGAAACUUGAAAGUAGCCAUCAUUGUAUUCUGUAGCGACAUAUCAUUCAUCCACCAUUGGAUGGGGCAUGGGGCUCCACUUAAACUAGGACACGCGCCCCAUUCAAUAAUAGAUCGGUGAUAUGCCGGUGUGGAUUAUGAUGAUGAUUAUGUUAUAGAAACAUUUUUUAUUUAACUAACUAUUACAUGACAUGUUACACCCUUGCUUUCCGUGUGCUUUAAGGAAAACAUGACGGAUCAUAAAUUGAUUAAGAAUGAGAAUCAAUAAGAUUAGAAUAAUGAAUGCAAUAAACAUUUUACA